AUGAGUACCCAGUCGCCACCCAUACUACAGAAACUGGCAAUUCAGAGCUUGCUGAGGGACAAGGCCUUGGCCAUGGAGGCCGAGGAUGUCUCCCUGGUGCAGAAAAAGAUGUUUAAAGCUAUGCUGGAUGGGCUUGACAUGUUGUUCAGUCAGGUUUGCUCCAGGAGGUUGAAACUGCAAAUGCUUGAUAUGUGGGAUGUGCACCAGCACUUCUGGAGAGUCUGGGCUAAACACAAGUCAGAAGCGUGCUCCUCAGAAGCCAUGAAGAGGAGAAACACAGAGAUGAGUUUAUGGAUGGCUGCACCCAGUGCAAUCCUACCUCCUCAAGUGCAUCCAGGAGAGGGAAGACCUGGUGCAGCUGGAGUGCAAGAAGCAUGUAUUGCAGGGCUGUGCCCUGAAUGGGUCACAGAGUUCCUGGAAGUGCUAAACCUAGAUUCCGUGCAGGAGGUGGAUGUGGCUCAUGGCUGCACAUUCAUUGCUUUGGCUCAUUUUGCCCCUUUUCUGGGGCAGAUGAGAAAUCUUCACAAACUAAUUCUCUCUGACAUCUUUGGGCCUGCCAUGAUUUCCCCAGAGAGGACAGAGGAGUUGUUCACCCAAAUCACUUCUCAAUUUCUUAAGCUUCGCUGUUUGCAAGAGAUUUAUAUGGACGCUGUUGCCUUCUUUGAAGGCCACUUUGACCGGGUACUCAGGUGCCUGAAGUGCCCCUUGGAGACCCUGUCAUUACCUCACUGCCAGCUUUCACGCUCUGACUGGAACAAGCUGCCCCAGAUAGAGCAGACCCGACAGCUAAAACACUUGUGUCUGAACUAUAUCAGCCUGCCUGAUUUCAGUCCUGAGCCCCUUCGAAUUCUGCUGGAUAAUGUCCCAGCCACCCUGACCACCCUGCGUUUGGAUGACUGUGGGAUCACAGAUGCGCACGUCUGCACUCUUCUGCCUUCACUGAGCUGCUGCUCCCAGCGCACUGCCUUCUGCUUCACAUGGAAUUUAACGUCCAUAGGCACCAUGAAGAAGCCGCUGGACCACACUGCCAGGCACUUAAAUGUGAGGAAGUUAAACAUGGAGCUAUACUCUGUUCCUCCAGAGGACUGUGCUCCCAGACAUGGUGCUCACAAGCAGAUGUGGAAGCAGGUACAUGAAGCACUUAGGAGGCUGAUGAAGACACCGAACCAUCCCAGGAGGGUCUGGUUUUGUGUUCACCAUGAAUCGUGUUGCAACCGAGCAUUGAACGACAUGUGCCCAAGUCCACGCCCAGCCUGUAUCUCCAUCUAG